UGCUCAAGCUACAGAUUCGACCAGCAGGCUCACUGUGAGUGAGCAGCUGGCAGAAUGUCUGAUCAUGAGGGAGAAACUGAGCAGGUAGAGCACGAGGCAUACAACGAGGAUGAAGAAGGCGAGGUCCCCGAGGAGGGUGUCGAGGGCGCGAAGGUGGAGGAAGUCGUAGAUCUCGGGGCCAGUGUGGAGAAAUACCAGGCUGUCCAAGAGAUGGUCUUUGAAGAGCUUCACCUUCCCCCAGAAAUCGCUGCAGAGGCGCAGAGUGUUUGGCAGCUGUUCAUCAACACCUCGAGCUCCAGGGAAGCCGCAGGUGAGGCGAUUUACGCCGCGCUCUUCGAUGCUGCACCCAGCCUGCAGAGCCUCUUCAAGACCGCGAGGUCAGUCAUGGCCUUGCGCUUCAUGAAUGGCAUCAACAACAUCAUCUGCGUUGCCAACAACCCCAUGGCCUUGAAGCUGCAGGUGGAGACCUUGGGCUUUCAGCAUCUGGACUUGGAAGUCACUGCACCACGCGUCGACAUCUUCAGGGAAGCCAUUUUGGAACUGCUGGAGAUUGAGCUUGGCCCACGGAUGACCUCCAAAGGACGCGUGGGCCUUCAGGUGGUUUUAAACUACGUGGGUGGCGCAUACAUCUACAUCCGUCGCGAGUAUGCGGGGCGGAUCCGGAUCAUCCAAAAGAGCUGGCUGACGGCCAACAACAAGACGGAAGAAGAAGAGGCGGCCGACGCCCUGGCUGACCAUCAUGAUAACGAAGGCAAAGAGAAAGAGAAAGAAGGCAACGACUCGAAUGCCAAGACCGACUCCCACGCCAAGCAUACCGACGGUGGGUCUGCGAGAAACUCCAUGGAAGCGGGCAAGAUGAAGGGAAGCAGCAUGAAGGUGCCAACCUCCUUCAACGAGAUGUUCCUCUUCAAUGCGGCGGUGAUGGGCUUCGGGGAGAGCGGGUGGAUGAAUCUGGUCCUCGAGCAGUUCGACAACAUCGUGACCAACGUGGCAAACUCCUACCGCUUGCAGGAGGAGUGUGAUGUGCUGUCGCUGGUCCUGUCGCAGUAUGUUGGGCAGAUCACCUUGCCUGAGUUCAAGGCCGUGAUGCUGGCGUCGCUGCGGUCGCUGGUGCCCAAGGAGUGGGACUCGAACCACGAAGUGGCGUGGAACUGGCUUUGGGAGAACGUGGAGCGGAUGCUGAAGUCCAACAUCGGCAAACCACAGGUUCACGUCAAGGCCAUCGAACGCCUGAUCAUGGACCUAACGGAGGACUCGGUGAACUAUUUGCGGCGGGAGAUUUACAAACGGUUCUUCCAGCUGGCCCCAGCAGGGCAGGAUUACUUCAAGCAGUCGACCACGCGGCUCUUUUUCAUCGCGGACAAGAUCAUUGAGCUAACCGUGGAGAUGUACAAGCAACCAAAGACGAUGGUGGAGGAUCUCUCUGCGAUGGGCUUGCGCCAUGUCGGCUAUGCCAUCCCCACGGAGCUCUUCUCGCCCUUCGUCUCGGGCGCUGUGGAUGUGGUGCGCACCCUCACCACCGACGAGCACGCGGAGUCGGCCUUCCGGUGGUCGCUGACUCUGGUGGCCAAGAUCUUGGUGCGGACCAUCUUGGAAGGCUCCACGGUGGUGAUGAAAGCGGUGAACACCAACUCCGAGAAGUCGCUGAAGCGCGCCGUGGCGGUGGCGCCGCGGGGGCGGCGCGCCAUGGAUCUGCUGAACAUCACAGUGGGCACACAGUCGAUCUCACCCUUCUACUGGUCCAUCGAGAGCGGGAGUCUGAUUUGCGCCAAGGCGAUGCUGCAAGACCUGCUGACCAUCCGCGCAGACCGGGACAACUACUACUAUGGCUGCGACGCCCUUUUCUCUCGGCACCCUGAAGUGAUCCAUCGACUUUGUGCCGACGCGCCCACACUGCUCACCACCCUGCUGGAUGGGCUGAUCUGGCGCUCGCGGCUCACCUCUGCAGGCAUGCGGCGCGUGAACUUCUACGUCAAGCACCUCGUCCAAGACAAGGACGAGUACUUCAACCAGGCCUUGGCGUGGCUGGCGGAGUUCAAGGAUCCGAAGAUCGUUUCCCACCCCGUGGUGGUCCUUUUUGCCGACAUGAUUUGGGGCAGGCUGGCCAUGUACCAUUUCAUGCUGGGGCGCUGCUACUUCCUUCUGAUGCUGUGCCUCUUUGUCACCAGUCAGGCCAUUAUUCCUCGCAUGCAAGUGGGCGGCAAGGGCACAGCGGAGCAGAACAUCGCUUUGUUCACGUGUCGGUGCCUGAUCUACUUGGGCUCCAUGUGCAAGAUAUUGUACAGCCAGUUGCGACUGCUCUACCUCGACAUCAAAGCCGGUGCCUUCCAGAGGACGUGCUACAUCCCCUUGCCGUCCUACAUUUUCAGCUUCCAGGAGGCCGGAAACCUGGCACUGCUGGUGACUCUGAUCGUGAUGUGCUCGCAAGAGCCCAUCUUCUACUGCAUUGGCACCCCCGAGUUUCAGGAGAUCAUGUUCACUCCGGACUGUGCUCAAUCAGCCGACAAGCAGGUGAGCUACGCAGUUUUUUCCGGUAUUGGCAUUUUGUUGUACUGGGCUCUGAUGAUGGACUUCACCAUUUUCUCCAUGCGGAUUUCUGCCUUCGUACUGGUCUGCGGCCGCGUACUGAUGGAGGUGGGCCUGUUUUUGAUGGCCUUGAUCUUCUUCAUCCUGGCCUUCGCCACUUCCGUUUGCGCUUUGCAGCACCAGCUCGAGGACUUCGAAGGUAUCGACCAGAGCAUGGUGUCUUUGUUGGGCAUGUCGCUGAAGAUGUACCCCACCUCCGGCUACACGCACCUCAAGGGAGAGCCUUGGGUCCUGGUGGCGGUUUGCAUGUUUGUGAUCCUCAUCUCCAUUUUCCUGCUGAACCUCUUGAUUGCCCAGCUGAACCAAGCCUACCAGGCAGUGUAUGAAGAUAUGCAAGGCUAUGCGCGUCUAAACCGCGCCUCCGUCAUAGUGGCGACGCUGGAAGAGGUUAGCCAAAAGCGCUGGAAACGCUUCCUCCACAGCCUGCGCUUCGAGGAGCGCUUGGAGUUCAACGAGGGAGACAUCGGACUGGGAGGUGGCAUCCAGGUGCAGGAGCCUGCGAAUGCGAACCCCAUGACAGUGGACUCCAUUAAGCGCUUCGGAGGCUCCACCUCCGCCAGUAUGCCCUGGCCCGAGGAGGAGGAGGACGCCGACGACGAUCGCUUUGACCGCCUCGAGAAGCUGAUCGUGCGAACCACGAAGAGCAUCACCGGCAAGAGGAAGAAGGGCGCCGGCAGCUCUGUGGCCGGCUCUGGCCUCUCAGGCGAAGCGUCUGGACGCUCUGGUGGCAGCUCCAACGGGAGUUCUGGCUGAGGUCCGACAGCAUUUGAGCCACGAGCGUAACUCUGGCUGAUGAACCAACCGUGCUCGUGGGCUGUGACAGGUUGCGAACAGUUCAAACAUGAGUUUCUACCGAAGCAUGGCCAGUUUUGCUCCUGGACAAAGGAACCCAAGGAGCAGGGCUGCAGUCGUUCUGACUCCGAAUUAGUGCCACUGCUGCUCAUGCUUACGAUUUCGGACCCAGAUUUGCAUGUGCCAGAUGCUUUUUGUUUGGUCCA